CGGUUGUUUAAAAUUCAAACAUUUUUACUUGAAUAUUUCAUAUUAUUAUUAUUUCUUUUGGUGAAUGGUUGAAUUUGAGGAGAGGAAAGGAUUAAACGCGAGUGAAAGAAAGUGAAUAGAGUCAGUCAUCAUUUUACAAAAUAUUGAUUAUAACAACAUAAGAAUAAAAGUGAAAAAGUCAUAAUUUAGUGAACUAGCGUGUGUGAAUCAGCAUCGUGUGUGAGGAGUUACGAACGAGAGAGAGAGAGAAUAAGUGAGAAAGAGCAAAAGAAAGAAUAAUAUACAUAGAAAAGUAGAAUGGCAAUGUUACGAAUGGAGGAAGCAUCAAAGCUUCUUGACUUUUCCCAAAAAUUGGACAUUUCAUUGUUGGAGAAUAUCGUUGGAUGUCUGUACAAUAGUCAAGGUGAACAAUUGCGAUUAGCCCAAGAGAUAUUGACAACAUUAAAGGAACAUCCAGAUGCAUGGACACGAGUCGAUACAAUUUUAGAGUUUAGUGAGAAUCAACAAACGAAAUAUUAUGCUCUACAAAUUCUUGAGGAAGUCAUCAAGACACGCUGGAAAGUUUUGCCAAGAAAUCAAUGUGAAGGCAUCAAGAAAUAUGUUGUCGGGCUUAUUAUUAAAACAUCAUCCGAUUCAAAAGUUAUGGAGACGAGUAAGGUCUAUUUGAAUAAAUUAAACAUUAUUCUUGUCCAAAUUUUAAAGCGUGAAUGGCCAAAAAAUUGGGAAACAUUUAUAAGUGACAUUGUCGGUGCAUCCAAGACAAAUGAGACUCUAUGUCAAAAUAAUAUGAUAAUAUUGAAGCUACUGAGCGAGGAAGUGUUUGAUUUCUCAAGUGGACAGAUUACACAAACGAAAGCAAAACAUCUUAAGGACACAAUGUGCUCUGAAUUCUCACAAGUAUUUCAGUUAUGUUCAUUUGUAUUAGAAAAUUCAUUAAAUGCACCAUUAAUUAGUGCGACGCUCGAAACACUUUUGAAAUUCCUCAACUGGAUCCCGCUCGGUUAUAUUUUUGAAACAAAACUCAUAAACAUGUUGGUGGAAAAGUUUCUUGUAAUUCCCAUGUUUCGUAAUGUUACAUUAAAGUGUCUAUCGGAAAUUGCCGGACUUCAAUUGCCUAAUUAUGAUCAUAUCUUUGUUCAAUUAUUUGUACAAACGAUGGAGCAAUUUGUUCAAAUGAUACCGGCUGAUACAAAUAUGAAUCAGAUCUACGCGAAUGGUAAUGAUGAGGAACAAUGCUUUGUACAGAAUUUAGCAAUGUUCCUAUGCACAUUCUUGCGUGUACAUGCAACGCUUGUUGAAAAGCGUGAAACAGCUGAGGCAGUAAACAAGGCAUUAAUUUAUUUGGUAAUGAUCAGUGAGGUCGAGGACGUUGAAUUAUUCAAGAUAUGUCUCGAAUAUUGGAAUAGUCUUGCGUCCGAUUUAUACAAAGAGAAUCCCUACGGCAACACAUCCGGAUCGCGACGUCAAUUCUAUUCGAGCAUAUUGUCUAAAGUACGUAACAUAAUGAUAUCUCGCAUGGCCAAACCUGAGGAAGUGCUUGUUGUUGAGAACGAGAAUGGUGAAGUUGUACGUGAAUUUAUGAAGGACACAAACAGUAUCAAUUUGUAUAAGAAUAUGAGAGAAACUCUUGUCUAUUUGACUCAUUUGGAUUAUUUUGAUACCGAACGCAUAAUGACUGAAAAAUUAAAUAAACAAGUAAUCGGAACGGAGUUUUCGUGGAAAAACUUAAACACACUGUGUUGGGCGAUUGGAUCUAUUUCUGGAGCAUUCUACGAAGAGGAUGAGAAACGAUUUUUGGUGGCUGUCAUAAAGGAUCUUUUAGGAUUAUGUGAACAAAAGAAGGGAAAGGACAACAAGGCUAUUAUUGCCAGUAAUAUUAUGUAUGUUGUCGGUCAAUAUCCGAGAUUUUUACGCGCUCAUUGGAAAUUCCUUAAAACUGUCGUUAAUAAAUUAUUUGAAUUUAUGCAUGAGACACACGAUGGAGUUCAAGAUAUGGCUUGCGAUACAUUCAUUAAGAUUGCCAUGAAAUGUAAACGGCAUUUUGUGACGAUGCAACCGAAUGAAGGAUGUACAUUUGUUGAAGAAAUCCUUACAAACACGAGCACCAUUAUUUGUGACUUACAACCGCAACAAGUUCAUACAUUCUAUGAAGCAGUCGGUUACAUGAUUAGUGCGCAGGCUGAUCAAGUUCAGCAAGACGCUCUUAUCAAAAAGUACAUGAGUCUACCCAAUGAAGUUUGGGAUCGCAUCAUCAAUCAUGCAGCUGAAAAUGCUGACAUUUUAAAGGAUAUGGCAGCAGUAAAGCAAAUUGGGAGCAUAUUAAAAACAAAUGUUCGUGCAUGUAAAGCUCUUGGGCACAAUUAUGUCAUUCAAUUGGGCUGCAUUUACCUUGAUAUGUUGAACGUCUACAAAAUCAUGUCGGAAAAUAUUUCGCAAGCCAUUGCCAUUAAUGGAAUUACAAUUAAUAACCAGCCACUGAUAAAAGCAAUGCAUGUUGUUAAGAAAGAGACAUUAACAUUGAUUAGUGAAUGGAUUGUGAGGUCUAAUGAUGCUCAGAUGGUCAUGGAAAGCUUCAUACCUCCCUUGUUGGAUGCUGUGCUUAUGGAUUAUCAGCGUACAAUCGUCCCAGCCGCUCGUGAACCUACUGUUUUGAGUACAAUGGCAGCAAUUGUCAACAAAUUGGAAGGAGUAAUAACAUCGGAAGUACCGAAGAUCUUUGAUGCCGUUUUUGAGUGUACGUUGGACAUGAUUAACAAAAACUUUGAAGAUUAUCCACAACAUCGCACUUACUUCUAUGAGUUGCUGCAAGCCGUUAACAUGCACUGUUUCAAGGCAUUCUUAAAUAUUCCGCCAGCUCAAUUCAAGCUGGUCUUUGACUCUAUCGUUUGGGGAUUUAAACACACAAUGAGAAACGUCGCUGAUACUGGAUUGUCAAUUUUAUAUCAACUUUUGCAAAACUUGGAACAACAUCCACAAGCAGCACAGAGUUUCUAUCAGACGUACUUCACGGACAUAUUAAUGCAGAUCUUUAGUGUUGUCACUGAUACAUCACAUACAGCAUCAUUACAAUCGCAUGCUCAAAUCCUUGCCCAUAUGUUUACGUUGGUUGAGGCAAAUGCUAUUACAGUGGCUUUAGGACCAAUUCCAAAUAAUGUCUUAUACAUUCAGGAAUAUGUUGCAUCUCUUCUAAAAUCGGCCUUUUCGCAUCUGACCGAUAAUCAAAUCAAAGUUUUUGUUACUGGUCUAUUUAACUUGGAUCAUGACGUAACUGCAUUCAAAGAGCAUCUAAGAGAUUUCAUUAUUCAAAUUAGAGAGGUAACGGGUGAUGAUGAUUCGGAUCUUUACUUGGAUGAGCGCGAACAAGAGUUAAAACAGGCACAAGAUGAGAAACGUCGUCAUCAAUUGACUGUCCCAGGUCUUCUCAAUCCACAUGAGAUACCUGAGGAUAUGCAGGAUGAAUAGAUAGUGUCUAUGCACUUCCGUUGGAAUCGAAAAUAAGUAAAAACAAACGUAAAGAAUUUUAAUUUCAGUAUAAAGAAAGAAAAAUAAGUAAAAACUAAUUAAAUUCCGAUUCAAAGCUAGCCGAAAACUGUAUUGAAAUCACAAAAAUUAAAAAAAAAGUAAAUCUAAAGUCAUUUUUGAAGGAAGUAACUUUUUUACGCAGAAAACCAAUUUUUAGGAGAUAAAUCAAGAUAAAAGAAUUAUUAAGUCAACAAAAAAAAGAGUUUUUAUUUUGCGAAACAACCACAAAAAAGGUGAAAAAAAAAUUGUUUAUGAGUCAUCAGCGAUGUGUGGGUGAGUGUGUUAUGGCACGAAUCUAUUUCAUAAUAUUUUUCUGCUCUGAAAUGUAUGAAUUUUUUUUUAUUAAUUAAUGUUUAAGUGAAAAAAUGAUUAUUCUUUUGUGUAAUUCUCUUGUUUCUUCUUCCAUUUUUUCCCCACUCUCAUCGUCAA